AAAAAUUAAAAGCCGCGCAAAAAGCCGCGCGUGCAUGUGUUUUGUGUUUACAUAAUAAUACCAAUACCGCCAAACUUACAAUAAAUUAUACGCAACUUUUAAAGAUAUUCAAAACAAAAACAUUACAAUUCAACCAUUUUCACAUAUGAGGCAGCGAGAAGCAAAGGGAUGCAAGUGGACUAUUUUAAGUUUCGAGCAAAACGCGUUUAAAGAUAAGAUCCUAGGAAUGGGCCGUCCAAAGAAAAGGCAGGUCGAAGAACAAGAUUGCACCAUAAAAGAGAAGAAAAAGAAAAUAAAUGAGAAGCAAAAAGCUGGAAGUUCUGGUACAAGUGGUUGUAAGUCUAGAAAAAACCAAUAUGUAAAAAAAGAAGUUGAUUCGGACAUUGCAAAUAGGGAUGUACAAAAGCCAAAUAAAAGAGGCAAAUGCUCUAAUGUCAAUCAGUGUUCCAAAGAUUCAGAUGCAUGUCGUGUCAGGAAAAAAAGAAUUAAAUGUGAAAAUGAAGAUUCCGGUUAUGAACCAAGUUCUCUCUCUACUGAUAGUGGAGAUGUCCUGAGUAAUAACACUGAAGCAGUUGUUUUAAAACCUGAAGCCAAAUCUUCUAAUAAUUCUUCAAGCAGUGAGUCUGAAUGGGAAGAAGUAGAGGAACAGAGUGAACAAAAUCUUGAAGAUUACAAGCCAAGUAUUCCUGAAGGAGGUGUAGAAAUUACAAUUGAUUGUCCUAAUUUAAAUAUUCGUAAACGUAAAAAGAAGCAAUUUGAUGAAAUGGAGUAUAUAAGAUUAUAUAUUAAUAGGGCUCGCAAAGAUGCUCAAUUAUGCAAGCACAAAGUACAUUUACUAUGCCUUUUGAGUCAUGGAUUUUAUGUGAACAGUGUUUUAAAUUCGGCUUUCUUAAAAAGUAUGGCCCUUUCUCUCAUACCCAUUGAUGUUUUGAAUAUUUCAUCAGGUAAGAAAGUUGAUAAAAUUGAUGUUGAUGGCAUUGAAAAAAUAGUAACAUGGUUUCGUUCAAGUUUUACUUUUGAAUCAAAUAAAGAUGCUUUUAUCAAUUUGAACAAUAGUUUGAUUAGUAGUUUUGAAAAAAGAUGUAGUUCUAACUCGUCUGAAUACAAUCUCAUGUUUGUUGGUAUUGCUCGUGUGUUAGGUUUCAAAGCUAGGUUUUGUCUGCCGUUAUAUCCCAUGACAUAUAAAGCUCAAAACUUAAUGAAAAAAUCGGGAAAAUUGAAGGAGGAAGAUAAAGUAUCUGAAACUCUUAGUUCAGAACUCUGUGAUUCCAAAGCUUCUUGCUCCUCAAAACCUAAACUUAUUGAAAGCUCAAAAAAACUUGAAAGUAAAAGUGAUAUAUCUAAAUCAAAAAAGAAAGUGAAAGCACCUUGCAAGAAGAAAAAUGAACAAUCAGAUAAAAUGAAAAAGAAAGCAGAAUCAGCAUCUAGACCCAGACGUUCAGCUGGUAAGAGUUAUAAGAUUAGUAGUGACGAAAGUGAUGAUGAGAGUAAAGACAGAAACUUUAAUGUGCAUGUGGGGGACAAUCAAGAAAGUGAUGACAACUGUGAUAAACCCAGAAAAACCUCUUCUAAAAUUAAAAAGAAAGAAGCUAAGACUGAUUCAAAUAAAUCAAAUAGAAGAGUUUUAUCAUCUGAUUCUGAAUCAUCUUCAUUGCCUGAACUUUCGUACAAGCCUGAUAGUGUUCUCUGUUGGGCUGAAAUUUACUCUAAACCUGAAAAACAGUGGAUAAGUGUUGAGUGUUCCACAAAUUUAGUAAAUAAACCAUCAGAUGUUGAGGCUUUAGUUCCUCAUCCAGUUGCAUACAUUGUUUCUUAUGAUAAUGAAUCACAUAUUAAAGAUGUUACACGACGCUAUUGUGAAGAUUUCCUGACAUCAAUUAGAAAAUUAAGAGCUGAUCCUGACUGGUGGGAAGAAACAAUUGAACCAUUCCUUCCACCAAACUCUAAGUUAGAUCAAGAGGAAGAAAAGAAGUUAGAUCAGAUGUUAAUAAAUAAGCCGUUGCCCACAACAGUAGCAGCAUUUAAAAACCACCCACUUUAUGCUUUAAAAAGGCAUCUUUUAAAAUUUGAAGCCAUUUAUCCGCCAGAUGCUCCACCAGUUGGAUUUUUCCGCCAAGAACCAAUUUAUGCCCGAGAUUGCGUUUGUCAGUUGCACUCAAGAGAAACAUGGCUUAAAGAGGCUCGUGUAGUACGUAUUGGUGAAGAACCUUAUAAAAUAGUAAAAGCACGACCCAAGUGGGAUAAGAUGGCUGGAGUUAUGCGAACUGAUUUGCCACUCGAGAUAUUUGGUUUGUGGCAGACAGAACCUUAUGAACCUCCAAUUGCUGUAGAUGGAAAAGUGCCAAGAAAUGAGUAUGGCAAUGUAGAGUUGUUCAAACCCUGCAUGUUACCUAGAGGAACUGUUCACUUGCAAAUUCCAUGCUUGAACAGAAUUGCUCGCAAGUUAGGAAUAGACUGCAGCCCAGCUGUUGUUGGAUUUGAUGGUCAUAAAGGAAGUGUGCAUCCAGUUUUUGAUGGUUUUGUUGUCUGUGAAGAAUUUAAAGAUACUCUUUUAGCUGCAUGGGAUGAAGAACAAGAAAAUACCCGAAAGAGGGAAGAAGAGAAAAGAGAAAAGCGUAUUUAUGGGAAUUGGAAGAAACUGAUUAAAGGUUUACUAAUACGUGAAAGAAUAAAGACAAAAUAUGAUGUAAAAUGAGAAAGUCUUUGCACGAUCUCUUGUUUAUAUUGUAAUAUAGAACAAGUAAAAUGUAUAUAGUUGCAAGCUGCGUGGUUUUAAAUUACUCAGA